AUGUUCUCUCAGACGCGAAGAGACGGCGGAGCUGUGUCCGUGAAGUCCGGACUGGCAGCUUCCUGCAGCUUGACAUCAACCUCAAAAUAUAUCCCGAAACACAACAAGCUUCAAAGCGGACACACAGACAUUGGAGAUCCGCUUGAGCUCUUGGAGGGCGCGGCAGGGUGA